AUGAAGGAAAGUGACUCUCGCCUCUUGGAGAUGAAAUUAAAGGCAGAGGAAGCAAAAAUGACUGCUGAAGCAACAGCCAAAUUGAAUAAGGACAUGCGAGAUUUAGAGGAGAUAUUCGCGGAAUUAGCCACUAUUAUUCAUCAACAGCAUGAAGUUGUUGACUCUAUUGAGGAGCAUGUAGAACGUGCCGCAUACGACAUCCGUCAUGGAAACGAGGAGUUGAAGAAGGCUGUUAAGAACAAAAGUAGCCAUACUACAGUAACGGCGGCAGUGGUUGGUGGCCUAUGUAUAGGUGGUCCUGUAGGAGUAGCAGCUGGUUCUGCGGUGGCUGGAAUAAGUGCUGGCAUCGCAGGACUUAUUGCAGGUAUGCAUCCACCGAUGUUGACUUGGUAUACCCUUUUUCGAAGAUCACUUCCAGGUAUUUAUGGAGGCAAGUGGUUUAAAAACUCACUACGAAAAGACUGCGACGUAAACAAUUAA